AUGGAGCUGGGCGAAAGGAAAAGGCUGUUGUCCUCCUCCUUGGAAGGAGACCAGAGAGAAGAAAACAAAUUAAAACGAGGACUUUCCCAGGACUUGACUUCUUCCCCCAAAUUAGACAGAUACAAAAUAGCAAGGCAGCUGGCGGAAAGGGCAAUCAAGGAGAAGAAGAUUUUCUCCAUCUACGGACACUACCCGGUGGUGCGGGCCGCCCUGCGGAGGAGGGGAUGGGUGGAGAAGAAGUCCCACUUUCCGCCCAAGGGCAUUGCCAGUGUCCAGGAUGGAAGUGACGGGGUGGCUGGUAGAGUAUCAGAGCUUUUGCAAGAAAACCAAGGAGAGGCUUUGGGGAAAAUGGAGGACAUCCACGACGCAAUGGCAAGGUUGGUAAAAAACGAAAUGCCGUACUUCCUGUGGACCAUCAAAAGGGACAUCGUUGACUGUCGCAGCCUGCACUGUGACCAGAUGCUGAAUCACUACGGGAAGACGGCUUCCUUCACCACCAAGAUCGGGCUGUGCUGGAACUUGAGGAGCCUGCCAUGGUACGUUCAGGCCAACCCCAACACCUUCUUCCCACGCUGCUACAGCCUCUGCACUGAGAGCGAGAAGCAGGCGUUCCUGGACGACUUCCGGCUCACCAUGGCUUCCAGCAUCCUCAAGUGGGUGGUCAGCCACCAGAACUGCAGCAGAAGCAAAGCCAGGAACAGGAGGGAGGAGGCUGGCAACAGUGACCUGAACCACAAGACGGAUCCUGAGAACGACAACUCGAAGCUCACGGGCCUCUCGGAACAGCUCGUGGUCCUGGCGUGCAAGGUGUGCCAGGACUACCUGGGGCAGCUGGAGCACGAGGACAUCGAUGUCUCUGAGGACGCUGCCCAGGAGCUGACGGAGGACGAGUGGAGGGACCUGACCCAGCAGUACUACUCCCUCAUUCGUGGGGACGUUUACAUCUCCAAUUCAAGAAAUCACUUCUCACAGUGCCAGGCUCUACUGAAUAAAAUCUCGUGCGUGAACCCUCAGACGGAGAUUGAUGGGCUUCAAAACAUCUGGAUUGUCAAGCCUGCGGCCAAGUCCCGGGGCCGAGACAUAGUGUGCAUGAACCGCGUGGAGGAGAUCCUGCAGCUGGUGGCCCCAGACCAUCUCUCUGCCAAGGACAAUAAGUGGGUGGUGCAGAAGUACAUUGAGACACCACUGCUCAUCUAUGACACCAAGUUCGACAUCAGGCAGUGGUUCCUGGUCACCGACUGGAACCCCCUGACCAUCUGGUUCUACAAGGACAGCUACCUGCGGUUUUCCACGCAGCGCUUCUCUCUGGACAAUCUGGACAGUGCCAUCCACCUGUGCAACAACUCCAUUCAGAAGUACCUGAAGAACGACAAGGGCCGUAGCCCGCUGCUGCCGCAGCACAACAUGUGGACCAGCAGCCGGUUCCAGGAGUACCUGCAGCAGAGGGGCCAGGGGUCCGCGUGGGGCAGCGUCAUCUACCCGUCCAUGAAGCAGGUGGUGGCUGACACCAUGCAGGCGGCCCAGGGCUGCAUGGAGCCGCGCAGGAACAGCUUCGAGCUGUACGGCGCAGACUUCGUGCUCGGGCGCGACUUCCGGCCCUGGCUCAUUGAGAUCAACUCCAGCCCCACCAUGCACCCAUCCACGCCUGUCACCGCCCAGCUCUGCCCACAGGUACAAGAGGACAUCAUCAGCGUGGUGGUGGGUCGCAGGGACGACCGCUGUUGUGACGUCGGCAACUUCGAGCUCCUGUGGAGACAGCCUUCGGUGGGGCUGCCACCAUUCCAGGGGCCCAACCUCUGUGUGGAAGGCCUCAGUGUGAGGAAAGCCAGGAAGCACAUGCCUCCCAUUUCCAGCUUUAAGUUUCCGUCUUCGGUCUUGGACGUUCAGCCACCAAAAGUGAGUCCCUUGGCCUUACCAGGCCCAACGCCGGAACCCCCACAGACGGCUGCCCAGCAACACGUGACACUGAAAGACGCGAAGGUCCUCUCAUGCUCCUUGCCCAAGCCCUUGAAGAGGCCAGCCGUGAGAGGCUGCAAAGUCAAGUCCAUCCACACCGAGUCUGGCGGGAGGGUAGAGCUCCCCGCCUGUGAUUUUCAACAUGUGGACAAUAAGGCCGCAAAAACGGGUCUCACCAAAGCCAGCACCAGCAGCGCCUUUGCCCAUUUGUCCAUCUGUCUGCUGGGCAUCUGUCUCCCCCAGAUCGUAAGCUUCUGA